AUGAAGAUCGCGAUCACUGGCGCAGCAUCUGGCAUUGGCCUUGCGGUUGCUAAGCUCCUAGCAAGUCGACGUGCCCAACUCUCGCUCGCCGACAUGAACAAAGCCGGCCUUGAGGCUGCUCUCAGGUCUCUUCCUGGUGAUGGGCACAUCAUCACCCAAGUUGAUGUGCGUGACAGCCAAGAAGUGAAUGCAUGGAUCGAGAAGACCGUUUCCGUCUUUGCUAAGCUUGACGGUGCUGUCAAUAUGGCUGGCGCCUUUACCCACGGGACAUGUCUUCGUGAUGAAACUGAUGAGACGUGGGACUUCAUCAUGGGAGUAAAUGCUCGCAGUGUUUUCAAUUGUUUGAGAGCAGAGUUAAGUCAUAUUAAAUCUGGAGGAAGCAUUGUGUCAGCAGCAAGUGUUGAUGGCCAAGCUGGCUUUGCUAAUGCUUCUGUUUAUUGUGCAAGCAAGCAUGCUGUCAUUGGCAUAUCUCGAUCUGCUGCAAAGGAGAACGAGAAUAUUCGCAUAAACUGCGUGGCACCAGGCAGUGUACGAACACCCAUGAUGGAGGGUGAGGGAAUGGCUGAAGCUGUAGAAGCAGAAGUUGCGCUGCAGAUUCAAAAGCGUCCUGCUGAGCCCCAUGAAAUUGCAAAUGUUGUUGUUUUUCUUCUCAGUGAUGAAGCUAGCUUUGUCACCGGAGCUGUCUACAAUGUUGAUGGAGGUUGGAUCUGUUAG